AUGUCUACAACCAAAACAUUCGCUUUUAUCGGCGCCACUGGUGGUUGCACAAACUCUUGUCUCGCACAUCUCCUCCUAUCAGACCUCGGCUACAAAGCCAUUGCUCUGGCACGUACGCCCCAAAAGUUGAUCGACUCGCUACUUCGACAGCCGGGGAUCACAGAAUCUAUCAUCGCCGACAAGCUCACCAUUAUUCAAGGCGAUGCAACGAGUGUGUCUGACAUGAAAAAAAUUCUCCUGAUUCCACGGAAUGGCCAGGGAAACACCACCGCUUAUGGCGAAAAGUCGCCUGGCGCAGUUGUGGUUGAUGGCAUCGUAUCGGGAGUCGGCGCAGUCCCCUCAUUCGAAAAGGGGAAAUUGUUAUCCGUCAAGUUUGACAACCUAAAAAUCACAGAAGAAAGCUCCACAACCUUGAUCACUGCCCUGCGGGAGGUUUAUGCCGAAAGAGACCAGCAGCAAGAAGGCAAAAAGCCCAUCCUCGCCGUGGUAUCCACGACCGGAAUCACAGAGAAAGACGAAAAAGGGGACGUACCGUGCCUUUUCAAGCCCGGGUACCAUUACCUCCUCGCAACGCCUCACAAGGACAAAAAGAAGAUGGAAGCUAUCAUCACGUCAGCGGAAAACCAGGCCCUCUUCAAAGCCGUCGUCAUCACGAAGCCAGCCUUUUUGACCGGUGAUGGCAAUUUGUCCACGGCCAAGGGGUUGGCAAAAAUAAGAAUCGGCACUGAGGAAGAUCCGGCAGUGGGCUAUUUCAUUGCAAGGGCGGACGUAGGCGAGUUCCUUUGGGAGGAGGUGUGCAAGAAGGAAGAGCCACGAUGGUUUGGAAAGAAGGUUACUCUGGCUAACUAG